AUGGAUGACGACAAAAGUCAACGGGCGAAGUCACCCGCAGCCGAGAAAAGUUCGAAGAAGAAAAGUGACCGCAAAUCUCGCAGUCGCAGUGUGAGCCGCGGCGAUAAGCGGCGAAGUCCUUCGCGGAGUCCCACUUACCGGCGUCGGCAUGCCGGAGGUCAGGGCCGGAACCGUUCGCGUAGCCCGUUGCCGUUUCGCCCGAGACGUCGUUCGCACGACCGUGGCUCACACCGCCGACAUGGCGGGCGCCGUGGCCGCAGAACCCCUUCACCGGGAAUGGGCGUUGGAGGGGGCAUGGGUAUGCAGGGGAUGAUGGGUGGUGAUCCGAGUGGUGGUGGGUACAUCGUGCCGAUGAACAUGUACGAUCCGUCCUGUUACGGUGCUUACGCCAACAACGGAGCCUACAUGGCAAAUGUAAUGGGUGGGUACGGAGGAUACGAUUACGGGCAAGCUGCCGGCCAAUACAUGAUGGAUCCGACCGGUGGGAUGAUGAUGGCUGCGACCGGAGUGGAAUUCGAUCAGUCCGUCGGAUGGGUACAACCCCCGGCCCAACCGGUCGUGCAGGAAACGGAGGAAGAGAAACGCAAACGAGAAGCUGCAAUUACGUUCGAAUUGUUGAAUCAGCGAGCGGCACUGAAAAAGCAACGCGACGACUACAAGCGCCGUGCCGGAGCACUGAAGCGUGAACUGAAAACGCUCAAACAGCAGCGAUCGGAUCUGAGCUCGGGCCGUGAACCGCCCUCACCAACGACCAACAACUUUAUCAAAGAAAAUGACAAACUGCAGUCGCAGAUAUUGAACAAAAUCAGCACGAUUGAAAAUGUGAUCGACAUGCUGGACGGCAUCAUAGCGAAGGACAAAACUCCCUCACCGCCACCGAUACUGCCAGGGGCGACAGUACCGCCAUUGGCCACCAUUCCGGAUCCGGGUGCACCACCGUCGCCAGAGGCUCACGAUGGGACUGACACGGAAACGAAGCGACGCAAGCAUCGUAACAAAUCACGCUCACCAUCGGCGGGUGGCAGCGGUAAGGGCGAUCGAGCACGAUCGGACUCUCCGUCGCCUGAGCGAUUAAAAAACGAAGUCCUUGAAAGCAUGCACGCUCGGGGAAAGCGCAAAAAUUCAGACAAACGUCAUUUCGAGCAUUCCGAAGGGCGCAAGAAAAAGGCCCCCUUUAACUAUGUCCACUACGACCCGGAACUGCACUGGUGUGCACCGUGCAACGCUUUCCCGAAGACGGCAGAAGAGUAUCUGGUUCACUUGCAUUCGGUGGAGCACCGACGUUGUACCGCCGGUGACAAGCAGGAGGAAAACACACAAGAAGUGGCACCGUGGCGCGAUGAAAGGGACGCCGACGAUACGAUGGUCAAUCCAGAGGCACCGACAAAACGCACACCGAUACGCGGGUUACAGUUCUUCGUACCAGCGACGGCCUGGUAUUGCAAGCUGUGCCACGUCUGGAUGGGCGAUCUGGACUGUGCUUCUUGGCACUGGAAAUCACAAACCCACGCGGAUGCGUACGGGAAAUACAUUGACGGGCACACCAAUUAUGAAAUCGAUUGGAUGUCGGAACGCCAGAAAGCGUACGAAAGCCUGUCCGGAGACGCACCACCCGGCGGAGAGGUUGAUGGAGAAAUUCCCGCUCCACCUCCGCCGCCAACGGCUGAAGAAAUCGCCGGACCCACCGACGGUGCGGCACCGGCAUCGUUCGUGCCUGCUCCUCCGCCAUUGGGUGAUAAUAAAAAGUCGAACGAUGACAGAAAAUCGUCCUCAACUGCGGCAAAGGACGAAAAUCCGGCAGCGUCGUCUUCUGCGUCGAAGCGUACGAAGAAAAAGAAAUCUCGCAAGGAAGAGAGGCGAGAGAAGAAGAAAAAGAAACGAUCCAAGAAGCGGAAACGGGCCGCCGCCUCGUCGAGCUCGUCGUCCAGCAGCUCCGAUUCGUCCGAAUCGGAUUCGGACUCACAGUCGGAGAAGGACAGCAAAGCGAGUCCCAAGAACGACGACCGUGAUGCCGCCAACACAAUUCAAGCGGCCAUGCGUAAUAUUUUGAAGGCGAAAGAGGUGAACGCACGCGAGGUGGUAGCGGCGGCAGCUGUUGCGGCCGUUGCGGCCGCUGCCGUUAAACCACAGGCCCCUCUGGGCGGUGAUGGCGCGGUGGGUUCGCAAGAUCCUGACAUUAGUCUAGGUAAAUGGACAGUUGUACACCCUGCUCAGCAAGGGAACAACCCAACAGCAGAAGCAGCAGCAACACCAGUAGCAGCACCAGGAACAGGACCAUCAGCGUGUAACGUUCCACCGUCUGCGUCUGGCACGGAACGGGAUCGAGAAAGGGAGCGUGACCGGGAGCGCGAUCGAGACCGUGACCGGGAUCGUCGGAACAGUGUCGAUCGUCGCGAUCGUAGAAAUCGGCGGGAGAGUCCGGACCGCCAGGGAGGUCGAGAUCGAGGACAUCGAAUUAACUAUCGCGAUCACCGAGACCAUCGUGAUCGUCGUGACCGACGGCGCAGCCGCUCGAGAGGGCGCCGAAGCCGUAGCGGUAGCGCUGGGUAUGGUAGACGCUUCCGCAGGCGAUCGUACUCACGCUCUCGUUCGCGGUCCCGAAGCCGAUCGCGAUCGAGCCGUGACAGCCGGCAUCGGGUGAUCGAGAAACCGGUGGUAAACUUCCCUCCCGAACCGAAGGUCUCGAAGGCGAAUGACCGGAAAUCACAAAAAUCGCAAACGAAAUCCUCCGACAGUGGAGGUCGAGCUAGCGGACGAUCCAGCACCGAACGGAAGGACAAAUCAAAUCGGCCUACGUCGAGCUCGUCGAGCAAAGGAGCAUCCGCAAGUGGUGGCACUGAAAAGGGAUCCGCAACCAAAAAACUACCCUUCAUCGGUAGAAUGCCGGUGUUCAAGAAGCAACAGGCUGAUCAUGCGAAGAAAGAGGAAGCUGCAGCCGCUGCUGCGGCCGCUUCGGUGCCGAUGGAUGGUUCGUCACAGCCGAUAAUUACGGCCUCCGUCGCUCAGUUUGCUGCAGCUGCCGCCGCUGCCGCUGCUGCUGCUGCGGCUGCGGCUGCGGCUGCUCAAGGCGCCCAACAAACACUGCCGACUGCCGGCCAAUCGUUCUUGACAUCCGCCACCGGCAGUGGUAGUAACUCGAAUGACGUGCCUACUGCUACCGUAUCAACUGAUCCAGGACAGGCAGGAGGUUACGGAACGGAGCUGGCAGCGGUGCCGGAUACGUAUCACUAUGAGACGUUUCAAAUGGGAGCGACUGCCGUUUCAGCAACGGAUGAUGGGGUUGAAACAGAAGAACAAUUGCUUGCGGGAUCUGAUAGCGCGAAUGGUGAAAUGUUAGCCGAUGAACAGCGCGAUACGACCAUGGACGGCACCGAUGACCCGGAUACUUACGUUGGUCCGGAUGGUUCGGUUCCUCUGCCAAAAGAUUUUCAGGCUGCUUUGGACAUCAUCUACGACGGUGGCGAUAAACCGAAGCGCGCGGACGUAAUAGCGAAGGAGGCUGCAGCGGCAGCGGCCGCGGCAGCGGCGGCCGCAGCUGAAGCCGCCAAACCACCGGAAAUGGUACCUUCACCGAUCGACCAGCAACAGUCGGGGAUCUUGCCCAUGGGCGUGUCGAUGAUGAUGGAUCACGAUCAACCGCACAUGAUUGUGCCGGAGGCGAUCGAAAUGUACAAUCAACAGUACGCCCUCGAGUACGGGGUGCAUCCGGCUGCGUAUCACGCGGCAGCGGCCGCCGCAGCUGCUGCCGCGAUGGGAAUGGGCGGCGUUGUGCCCGGUGAGAUGGUGGGUCACUACGUGGAAGACGAGUCACAGAACCAGCCGCUCGACAACAUGAUGUACGGUGCUGCGAUGCAUGCGGCAUCGGGAGCGGCCGCUAUGAUGCACGCCCAUCACCACCAGCAAAUGAUGGCGGUCGGUGCUCUCGAUUCCAAUGCGUACGCCAUGGCGAUGGCUGCCGGUGUCAGUUACACGCCGGAAAUGUUGGCCGCUCAUCAGCCGGCAGCUGAGCUAGCCGAGGGUACUCAGAUGACAUUGGAGGAGACUAAUGACGCCGCCGAGACAGUUGAAGAGUUUUAUGGUGAAGGUGAAGCAUACGGUACGGCUGAUGAAACACCCGAAGCGACGGUAGAGGUACCAACCGAUGCCACCGUGUAUGCCGACGAAGAUACUACCGUCGAGCGGGACAGUGAACAACAGCCAGAUGUUGUUGAGGAGUCGACGGAAGUGACGCAAGAGGUUGUAGAGUACGUUUAUGACGAACCCGAUCAACAGCAGACAGCCACGCUGUCCGACGCGAGUGAAGAAGAACGAAGCCGUGGCUCUGGACAGGACAACCAAGAUGAUGACGACACGGCUGCUUCGGAGGAAGGUUUUAGAGACGGUGAAGACACGGCUGCUUCGGAUCAGGAUGGCGCAAGUUACGAGCACGAGGGCGAGCAGUAUGAUUCAAAGGGUGAUGAGGAUACGGCCACUUCUGAGCAGGAUGCUAAAGGUUACGAGGAUCAGGACAGCGAAAGCGAAGAGGAAACAGAUGAAUCGGACGAUGACAUUCAAGAUCACGGUUUCACGGUGGGGUCAGCACAAGCGGUCCAGGAUGAUGAUUCGGUUACCUUUGAACAGGAUGAAGGGACGUAUGAGAAUAGAAGGACGUAUGAGAAGGAUAGAAGGAAGGAAGGAUACGCCGAAGAAAGUCCGCCGUAUCCCUCUGAUGUGGAGCUAGUAGACGAUCAAUCAAACGAUUCCUAAUGGUACCCGGUUUCAGUUUAUAUGUUGCAUCGGUGAACGGAUGGACAAGAUGCUUUUCUUCUACACUUGAGACGACACACAUUGCACUUACCGCUUCACGGUACUACGUUGAUGAUUCAGGUAAAGGGAACCCACAAGCCGACAUGCAAUGCAAAUUGAUCACUCUGGGGGACACAAUACAAUGUCUAUAACAACGU